AUGAUCACUGUUCCCAGUACAGGAUUCACUGCCAGGUGUUUUGUCAGUGUGAGGACUGUCACUUCCGAGGACGAUACAUCCUUCUUACGUCGCCUGUUUGAGGACUGUUGUCGAGACGAACAGUACUUGUGUCCAGUGUGGGCGAAGGCUGGCCAUUGUGUCUACAACUCACAAAUGGUGACCAAAUUCCUUCUGCUCUUGUCGUUAGCAGUGACAGCCUGUGUAGCAUCUCCACUGGAACUUACUCAACAACUUACCGGCGUACUUAGCGGUGCAAUAACUAAGGGACUGUCAGGUCUUGGCUCCUGGUUUGGAAAGAGAGGUCUAGGCGACGAGUUGAAAAAUAUUGAAAAACAGGCUCUUCUGCAAGCUGCUGGACAACUUACAAAUCAACUUACUCAACAACUUACCGGCGUACUUAGCGGUGCAAUAACUAAGGGACUGUCAGGUCUUGGCUCCUGGAUUGGAAAGAGAGGUCUAGGCGACGAGUUGAAAAAUCUUGAAAAACAGGCUCUUCUGCAAGCUGCUGGCCAACUUACAAAUCAACUUACUCAACAACUUACCGGCGUACUUAGCGGUGCAAUAACUAAGGGACUGUCAGGCCUUGGCUCCUGGAUUGGAAAGAGAGGUCUAGGCGACGAGUUGAAAAAUAUUGAAAAACAGGCUCUUCUGCAAGCUGCUGGACAACUUACAACUCAACUUACUAACCAACUUACCGGCGUUCUUAGUGGUGCAAUAACUAAGGGACUGUCAGGCCUUGGCUCCUGGUUUGGAAAGAGAGGUCUAGGCGACGAGUUGAAAAAUCUAGAAAAACAGGCUCUUCUGCAAGCUGCUGGACAACUUACAAAUCAACUUACUCAACAACUUACCGGCGUACUUAGCGGUGCAAUAACUAAGGGACUGUCAGGUCUUGGCUCCUGGUUUGGAAAGAGAGGUCUAGGCGACGAGUUGAAAAAUAUUGAAAAACAGGCUCUUCUGCAAGCUGCUGGACAACUUACAACUCAACUUACCAACCAACUUACCGGCGUACUUAGCGGUGCAAUAACUAAGGGACUGUCAGGUCUUGGCUCCUGGUUUGGAAAGAGAGGUCUAAGCGACGAGUUGAAAAAUCUUGAAAAACAGGCUCUUCUGCAAGCUGCUGGACAACUUACAACUCAACUCACCAGCCAACUUACGGGCGUUCUUAGCGGUGUACUAUCUAAGGGACUGUCAGGUCUUACAUCUUGGAUUGGAAAGAGAGGUUUAGUUGAUGACUUGGAAACUUUAGAGAAACAUGUUCUUGUUCCAGUGUUUGAAAGCAUUAAACACGAAGUGUCUACCAAACUGAAAGAGGCUGUAGAAAAAGAAGUGUUUCGUGUUAUCGCUAAGGAAUUGUUAUAAGCCAUAUCUUGUGGCUACUCUGCUCAACAAAGCUGUGGAACAAUGCUGGACAGCCAUUGAGACACGAAUUACAGUUUACACGAAAAAUAAAUCAUAGUUUAACAAAA